AUGGCCUCGCUCCGGGCGGGGUGCGCCGCCGGCGGCCCGCGGCUCCCCGAGACCCACGCUGGGCGCCCGGCCGCGCUCCGCCUCCUCCUCCUGCUGGGCGCUGUCCUGAAGCCCCAGGAGUCCCUGGCUCAGCUUCAUCCCACCCCAGGCAACCUGGAGUCUAAAGCUGCCCUGAAGCCCCAGGAGUCUCUGACUCAGCUUCAUCCCACCCCAGGCAACUUGGAGUUUAAAGGGAAAACGGUGGCAGAGAGCUAUGAGACAGUCAUUACCCGGCUUUGCUGGCAAAUUUAUAAGAAUGAAUUGGACUCUGUGGAAAAAGACUGGUGCGACUGGGCUGUGAUUAGCAGGCCUUACAGUGACCUGAGAUCUUGCUUGGAGCACUGGGCAGAGGAAUACAUGCUGGGUUUCCCCAAUCCUUGGGCUGAACAAAUCAUCUUUGAAACUCACCAGAUACACUUUGCCAACUGCUCUCUGGUGCAGCCUACCUUCUCAGAUCCCCAAAAUGUGCUCCUGGCCAUGAUCAUAGCCCCCAUCUGCCUCAUCCCUUUCCUUGUGACCCUUGUGGUGUGGAGGAGUAAAGACAGUGAGGCCCAAGGGUAGGUGGCAGGAGCUUCUCAGCAGCCACCCUGGUCUGCUCCCCUCCCUUCCUAACUCCUCUCACUCCCACCCUCACCGAAGAUCCAUGAGUCAUUGGAAAUGAAAACUGGAUGGGGUGGUCGUGCAAGUUCUCUAAUCUUCAAAAUAAAACUUUUUUGUACACUGGCCUCCCCCCUGACAGUGGGGGCCUGUGUCCUUCCCCUGAGUCUCUGCCUUACUCACAGGUGCUCAGCUCUGGGCAGCAGAGCUCAAGAAUCUCCGUGAUCCCACUGUUUUGUUGGUUUACCUGCCCCCCAUUCCCCUCCCCCCACCUGAAGGCCACACCCCUACACCACUUCCUUCGCUGGCCGGUGCCUUUCCUGCCCAAUCCAAACCCAGCUCCAGGAAAAAAGCAGGAAGAGACUCCCUUCCGGUCUGGACAGCUGCUGGAGAGGUGUGGGGGAAGCGGUAGGGAGGAAUCGCUGCUGUGAAAACUGCAAGAAGGAAGGGGCGGGGCCAUCUGGGAGCCCUGAGUUUUCCUCUGCAUGCCUCAGUUUACUCCCAGAACCUGGGGAUAGGAACCUUUAUCUGACCGACAUGUGUUCGUCCUUAUGGACCUCAAGAUUCAGGAAUUAUGGAGUGGGGGCGUCCACUACAAUAUUCACCACAGGACUCUCCCUCCAGGUCUCUUGUCCCUCAUUCUACCUUGUCCUGGGGUGGGAGGAGGAUGGGGGAGGGGUGAGUACAGCCUUGUGGAACACUGCCCCCUGGUGUCCACUAAAGUCAACAACCAGAAGAUGGAUGUGACCUGGAAGAAGCUCAAAAGCAAGAAACGAUUGGAUCCUGGAGUCAGACACCUGUCAUCUCCAUAACAACCACUAGUUUUUAGUUAGUGGAUGCUAUCAGCUUCUGGAACCAUACUGAUAUUUUUUUUAAGACAACUUCCCCGCCUCCCUGGUGGCACAAGGGGUUAAGCACAGCACUGUGAAGCUAUCCACAGCCUCUGCAGCACGAGUUUGAUCCCCGGCAGGCCAGGGAGCAACCCACAUGGUGCAGACCUCUCCUGACUCCUCUGUUGCUCCCCUCAACAGUGUAUUUCAGUCAAUCUGCCUGUACUGUUACCCACUCUGUCUCUGGUGGAUCCUCUAACCCCCAUACCUCUGGCCUGUACCCCAGUUCUUGUAUGCAUAAAUAAAUUUAAAAAAAAAAAUAAGACACCUUCCCACUUUUGGGCGACAUACCUAGGCUCCGUGAGAGUCACCUUUUCUGUGAACUGAUGCUCCUAUAUGUCCCUGGGAAGUGCGGCUGUUCAUGUCCCCCCUGCCAGGUCACGAGAAACAUCUCCAUAAAGACGCUUGUUUGUUCUUUGUGGUCCCUGGAGCCUUUUUAGAGAUUUUUCCCCCCCUUGUUGAAAUGUCUACCUCUCUGAGUACAUGCAUAUUCAUUUCCUGGACAGCAUGUCUAUUCCAUGGAUAGAGGCCUGCAUGCUUCCUGGAUAUAUUCAUUGAUUCUCUAAGACAUAUUUUUCCUAGCAGGAUAAGACCCUGUGUGCGGUAUAUUGUAUUGGAAAUACAUGUUAGCUAGGGCCUGGUUUCUGCUCUCAGUGGUUUUCAUCUUGUAGGGGAGCUAACACAUACACAAAGAAAAACAGGGUGUGUGAUGAGAGUCAGGCAGGAAGUAUAAGCCAAACAGUAUCUGAACACACAGAUGGGAAAGUCAUGUCUAGCAGAGGUGUGAUCGGGAGGGUGACCGUGGAAUUGAUACAUGACUAGGCCUUAGAUGGAGUAUGUUCUCCUAAGGGAGAGAAAACAAAAAGAGGUAAAUCGGGAAUUUACCUCAGGAAAUUAUUGCAGUAUCCCAGGUUUGAGGAAAUAACUAAAGGAGUGGCAAAUGAAGAAGUGAAAAAAUAAUGUAAAAGCAGAGAUGUGGCCUCCCUGGUGGUGUGAGGGGUUGGGUCUCAGCACUAUGAAGCUAUUGGCAGCCUCUGC